CAGGGCGUCAGCUGAUGGUUCCAUGGCGCUCUGUCCUCUUUCCCCACGCGUCUUCCUCAUUAUCCUGCCUCCGUUCCCCUGUUUCGACUCUUUCCAGCACACCCUCCAGGGAAGCCUAGCUGGAACAGUUGCAGGCGAUGGGUCUGGAAGGUGGGGAAAAUAGCCGAGUUCUCCUGCACCCCUGGAACACCUCCUCCGCCAUCACUGCAGGGGCCUGACCCUAUGCGAGAAGUCUCCCAGCAGCCAUGGGACUGUUGGGUUGUAGUGCUAACUUUCAGGGUGCCUCCUCAAGAAUCCAUCCUAUGUGAUGAAGGCAUUGUGACACUGGCUGAUUCCUAGAUGCAUUUGUUUCAGGUCUGUGUCUGUCUACUGAGACACCUUACCACACCUUUCUUUCAGUUGAGAUGAUGGAGGACUUCAGCUCGAUUUUAAAUCAUGGAAGCCAUCUUUUUACUUGUGAUAAAUGGCUGUGAGAGGGGCCAGAGGGAAGCAGAUGAGAGAGUUAAGUGUGGGCUCUGACAUUAGGAAAGGGCACCAUUGCUGGUUUAUCACGCCAUGCUGGAUUCUCCCUGUCACUGGAGAAUCCCAAGUCCUUCAUGCUGUUGGCCAGUAAUGAGCUAGAGGGAUGGACAGCCGUGACCUGAGAGAGAUGGCGGGCCUUAUGACUAUUUUGGGAAGGAGUGGCUGUGCCAAAAGCAGUCGUGAGAGAUGGUGGGACUCAGCGCAUUCUGCAGCUCUGAUCUGGGUCAGGGUUUUGUUCAGUAUGUAUGCCGAGAGUCCCUUGGAGCUGAAGAGGGCAGACUUUGCAAAAAUUGGCAUAUGUAGGGUUUAAUUUUUUUUGUUAGGCCUGCAGGAGAUAGUAGAUGCUGGUUCGGUGGUGUUCACAGAUGGUGUGAGUUGGGCUGGGUGUGCUUCCUAACAAAGAUGAAGGAGCUGACAAUGAUAGGAUGAGCAUCGCCUGGAAAAGUGCAGCUUGUGAGCUGGAUCCUGUUGAUGCAGACACAACUACUCCCUGGUUGUAAUUUAUGGGGUUACAUCAACCCCCAUAGACCCAUAGGGUAUCACUUAGUCAAUUACCACUGCAUUCCAGGGCACCAGAAAGGCCCUCUAGUCCUUCUAGUGGGAUAUAUCUGUUAGUGAGAUCCCCCCAUUUAGUUCUUGAUUUUCAGCUCAGGAAUCCCUUAGUCACACAUGUGAUCCACCUGACUCCCUGAAAGGAUGAAAGGUCAUAGUUCAUCAUUGUCUCAGAGAUCGACGGCAAGUCAAACAUGAGAGGGUCAAAUAGGUUCCCUGGCUGGGCAGGAAAGGACUCAUCAGAUGAAAUGAGAAUUGUGUAAGGCUAUCUGGCAGACCCUGUGACCUACAGUGGGGAUCCCAGAGUUGUUCCUGCAUCUCUAGAGUCAAGUGGUUUGUUUCUGUACCAGUUCUGCUAAAUGAUGGUCACCAAGUAGGAGCUGCGAAUAGCUCCCAGAUGCCAGGUGUGAAAUAGCUGAGAUGGGAAUAGGAGCCAGGGCUGGAGUCAGCACUGUUUUACAAAUGAUCAGGAAAACACACAAGACCGUGAUGAUGUGAAACUGAGAGGAAAAGGAGCAUCUGGCCAUGGGCCCGGAAACCUUCCUGAUGGAGUCCUCUGGGCUUUGUGUUGGCUUCCCCAGGGCCCAUCUCCCCAGGGAGAGUUAAGAGUGAGCAGAAAGAAUAGCAGAACCAGAGGAGAGGUGCGUUUAGGGCAGGCCUGCUGUUGAGUCUACAGUGCUCAGUCCUGGGUCCCUUUCUGCUCCUCCAGCAGAGACUCCACAUUCUCCCCAAGCAAUAACCCAGGGGUCCAGACACCUCAGGUUUAGAUCCAUGUCGUCUCAGCUUCCCUGACCCUGGUGUGUGACUGAAUGCCUCUGAGUCCCUUUCUUCCUAGAUGAAGUUGGGCUAGAUUUUACCUAAGGACUUUCCCACCCUCAAACUACCACGUUGUAUGCAGCAAGGUGGUUCCCGUGGGCCGUGGGAGGCCCUCAAGUAGUGACAAUGGCAUUGGCCGGCUGGACAGAUCCCCGGGCUUGGCUUUGGUCCUUGGCCAAGAAUACGUGGACAAUCUAGUUCAUAGCAGAAGCUUCUGGGCUGGGAGUGGCUCCACCAUCCCUUCACAACCCUGUCGGGAAGCCAGUCCUCUGUGGAACGGUCCCACAGGCUGUUCUGGGUGAUGGGAGCUCUGUCAUGAUCCCAGGCACCUUCUUUUCUUUCUUUUCCUUUUGUCUGUUGUUUUUUGAAAUUGCCAUCAAGUAGUGGAUACCAGAGAAGAGACAGGACAAUGGACGGGUGUAUUACGUGAACCACAACACACGCACGACCCAGUGGGAAGACCCUCGCACCCAGGGGAUGAUCCAGGAGCCGGCUCUGCCCCCAGGGUGGGAGAUGAAGUACACCAGCGAGGGGGUGCGCUACUUCGUGGACCACAACACCCGCACCACCACCUUUAAGGAUCCUCGCCCGGGGUUUGAGUCAGGGACAAAACAAGGUUCCCCUGGCGCCUACGACCGAAGUUUUCGGUGGAAGUAUCACCAAUUCCGUUUCCUCUGCCAUUCAAAUGCUCUCCCCAGCCAUGUGAAGAUCAGUGUUUCCAGGCAGACACUUUUUGAGGAUUCUUUCCAGCAGAUCAUGAACAUGAAGCCCUACGACCUGCGCCGCCGGCUCUACAUCAUCAUGCGUGGCGAGGAGGGCCUGGACUACGGGGGCAUCGCCAGAGAGUGGUUUUUCCUCCUGUCCCACGAGGUGCUCAACCCCAUGUACUGUUUGUUUGAAUACGCUGGGAAGAACAACUACUGCCUGCAGAUCAACCCUGCCUCCUCCAUCAACCCCGACCACCUCACUUACUUCCGCUUUAUCGGCCGAUUCAUCGCCAUGGCUCUGUACCAUGGAAAGUUCAUUGAUACAGGCUUCACACUCCCUUUCUACAAGCGGAUGCUAAACAAGAGACCGACCCUGAAAGACCUGGAAUCCAUUGACCCUGAAUUCUACAACUCUAUCGUCUGGAUCAAAGAGAACAACCUGGAGGAGUGCGGCCUAGAGCUGUACUUCAUCCAGGACAUGGAGAUCCUGGGCAAAGUGACAACCCACGAGCUGAAGGAAGGUGGAGAGAGCAUCCGAGUGACAGAGGAGAACAAGGAAGAGUACAUCAUGCUGCUGACCGACUGGCGUUUCACCCGGGGUGUGGAAGAGCAGACCAAAGCCUUCCUGGAUGGCUUCAACGAGGUGGCCCCCCUGGAGUGGUUGCGCUACUUUGACGAGAAAGAGCUGGAGCUGAUGCUGUGCGGCAUGCAGGAGAUAGACAUGAGCGACUGGCAGAAGAACACCAUCUACCGGCACUAUACCAAGAACAGCAAGCAGAUCCAGUGGUUCUGGCAGGUGGUGAAGGAGAUGGACAACGAGAAGAGGAUCCGGCUGCUGCAGUUUGUCACCGGGACCUGCCGCCUGCCCGUUGGGGGAUUCACCGAACUCAUCGGUAGCAACGGCCCACAGAAAUUUUGCAUUGACAAGGUUGGCAAGGAAACCUGGCUGCCCAGGAGCCACACCUGUUUCAACCGGCUGGACCUGCCGCCAUACAAGAGCUACGAACAGCUGAAGGAGAAGCUGCUGUACGCUGUUGAGGAGACCGAGGGCUUUGGGCAGGAGUAACUGAGGCUGACCCCCACCCCCAAACCCAGCACAUGUGUAGUCUUGAGUCCUCCCUGCCUGAGAGGCCACUGGCCACGUAGCCCCCGGGAGGCCCCUGCAGAUGGUAGUCCCGCGUAGGACCACACUGUCAUCAGGCUGGUGGCAGCAGAGCCUGACCUCAAGAGGCCCUGCCCUGCCCUUCGCUCCUCCCUACUGGUGGCAGUCUGGAAUAAAGCCCCCAUGUCACCCUUGGCCCCAUCAGCCAUUGCAAAGCCUGGAGGGCUGACCCUCUCUGCAAAGCUCAUCCUCCUUCUCCCUUGAGACCAACCCUAGGUUUGUGUGCGUGUGCAAGGGCGGCGCCCUGGGCUGAAGCCCUGGGCCUCACAGGCUGCUUAGGUGAGAGGGAGACUGGCCAUUUGGGGUAGCUGUUCUGGGCUGCGGAAGCCCAGGGUCUUUGCCAGUAAAAGAGGUUCUAUUUCGUAUAGAACUUUUCCAGUGAUCUAUAUAAAUGAAGGUCUGAGGGAGGGGAGCUCUGGACCAAGGUCACCUCUUGUCCCUGGCUAGCCAGCUCCAGCCACGGAGGCUGAGCAGCAGGGCCCCGCCCUCCACUCAGUGCUGGCCAGUUUGUUCCCUCCAGCAGAUGAAGGGUCGUUACCAGCUGCUUGGAUGUCAGGGGGAUGGAAACCCUCUCAGAUUUUCUUUUCCCUUUUGCAUAAACUUGAAGCAUUUUGCGUGUAGGGCCGCUUUGUGUUCUGUGGCUGGCGUGCUGCUGUCACUUCCUGUCAAGGAGCUGGUGCGCCAGGCAUGGCUGGGACCCAGGGGCACCCAGCACUGUUGGUCCAAGAAUUUCCCAAACAGCUGCUCCUCCUAGGAGCCUGCUUUGCAGUUCUGUGAGCGCGGGCAGGCCUGACCCAGUGGCUCAACUUCCCAAUAGCCUUGUCCCCGAGCCUUUGACAGAGAAGGGUGGAAGGGGAUUAUUGUCCUGAGUGUAACCCCAACCUCGCUGCCUCCAAGAAAGGAGAACUCCCUUUGCUAGAUGGAGUGAUGGGGUGCGUGGGGCUGAUGGGCUAAGACCCUGGACCUCCAGGCGGCCCGUGUGUCCGGGUGGAGAAUGAAGUGUGUUCCUGCCGCUGUAGAGUGUGUUCACUCUGCCUCAAAGUGUCGCUUUCCCUGCACAAAAGAGAUGAUGCUCUUGGAAACCAGCAGAAGGGCCCUGAGCUGCUGUGCACAGUCUGACUUGAUUGCUGGAGCUCCUGCUGACCUCUGCCGUGGGCAUCCUGCUGUGUGUUCAGAUCUUCCAGGCGAACACACUCCUCUAGGAUGCUGGAGUGGUGAUUGUCACUGGGUCCCCUUGCAGGUCCUCAGACCACCCACGGGGUUGUCUGAGGACAGCCUCGUGCCCUCAGGUCCUCGUCCUGCCCCCUGCCACCCUGGCCCGUGUCUGCUCUGUUGUAUGUACUGAUUCGAGCGGCUCAGCUCACCACAGCCCAGCCUCCUUCUUCCCUCGGAUCAUUGGCUGUGCUUCCCUGUGGUGUCUCACCAUGUUGGGGAUUGGGGCACAAGCCACCACGCCAUGCAGGGUUUGGGAGCCUCAGGCUCAUGGGCGUGCCGAGUGCAUUCAUGUGGGUGUGUGUGUGUACAUACAUGUAUAUAACUGAGGUGUCUGUACGGAAUGCCCUUUGGUAGCUCUGAGUUGGUCACCAGAUUGUUUUGUAAUGCCCACCCCCUUGCCUUGGUAUUGCCAGUUUCUUGUGCAAUAAACAAUCAACAGCU